CACAUCGUGAUGAAAUGAAAUGACACUCGACCAGUUGAUAAGCUCCAGUACCGUGCAAUAACAAUUUGCCUCUGAACCGCUCUCUGUGGUUUCCAGCUGACGUCACGAUAAAUCGGCUUGGUUCAAGGUGCACCGGGUAAAACCUGACAGUGUUUGCUGGUUGCUGAUUCUACAGAUUAUUUCGUGUUCUCAUCUCUCACUCCAGCUAAGGAAUAGAAUGCUUCACAAACAGUCAAUAGUGAUUUUGGUACUUGGUGUAUUGUUUUCCCAUGUGGUGGCACAGGGAAAAUCAAAGGAUGAACUAAUUAAGGACGUGUUUGGGACGAAUAGUGAAGAGGAGCAGAAUGAGCGUCCAGUGACCACCAGGAACCCUCCGAAUCUUCAGCCUGGAAGUAAUACAGGUACCAGUGGAGGGAUACCUGGUACUGGAUCUUGUACCUGUGUCCCGUACUACUUGUGCAAUAAUGGGUCUGUUAAUACGAAUGGAGAGGGCAUUAUAGACAUUAGAAUCAACGAAGGCCCGUGCGAGAACUACAUCGACGUCUGCUGCGACAAAGACAGCGAAGUCGAAGUCCCACUCACCCCAACGCCGCCCCCGAUAAAACGCAGCGGCUGCGGCCACCACAACCCCGACGGCAUCGGCUUCCGCAUAACCGGCAACAACGACAACGAGGCCCAAUAUGGAGAAUUCCCCUGGAUGGUGGCGGUCCUCCGCGAGGAAAGCAUCGAAGGCAACCCCCAGAAACUCAACGUGUACCAGUGCGGCGGCGCCCUCAUCGACACCUCCGUCGUAGUGACCGCCGCCCACUGCGUCAGCAGCAAGAAGCAGUUCAAAAUCCGCGCCGGGGAAUGGGACACCCAGACCAAGAAGGAGUUGUACCCGCACCAGGACCGCGAAGUCGAAAGCAUCAUCGUGCACCCCCAGUACUACGCCGGGGCGCUCUACAACGACAUAGCGUUACUGUUUUUGAAAACCCCGGUGGAUAUCGCUGAGAACGUGAACGUGAUUUGUUUACCGACUCAAGGUACUAAUGUGGAUAACGCGCGGUGCUAUGCUAGCGGGUGGGGGAAGGACGUGUUCGGGAAGGAGGGUCGCUAUCAGGUGAUUUUGAAGAAGAUUGAUCUUCCGGUGGUACCUAGAGACAAGUGUCAGGAGAGUUUGAGGAAUACGAGGCUGGGGAAGCAUUUUGAUCUUCAUAAGAGUUUUAUUUGUGCGGGAGGGGAGGCUGGGAAGGACACGUGCAAAGGGGAUGGGGGCAGUCCUUUGGUUUGUCCGAUUCCGGGGGAGAAGAAUCGGUACCAGCAAUCUGGGAUUGUGGCCUGGGGGAUUGGGUGUGGCGAUAGCCAGACUCCAGGGGUCUAUGUCAAUGUAGCGCUAUUCAGAAACUGGAUAGACGAACAGAUGAAGAGCAAGGGUAUAGAAACCCAAGCUUACGAGUACUAAAACCAGUUGUCUUUUAUUAUGUAUUUUAAAUCUUGAAUAAAAGUUUUGUAAUAAA